AUGAAGGAAGGCGAGAAGGAUGAGGUCUUGCUGAUGGAGAACAAGCGUAGAUUUGUCAUGUUUCCAAUCAAGUACCAUGAGAUCUGGGCUGCUUACAAGAAGGUUGAGGCGGCUUUCUGGACUGCUGAAGACAUGGAACUGGCUAAGGAUGUCAAGGACUGGGAAACUCUAAGUGCUGGUCAGAAGGAGUUCUUCGGUAACUACCUUGCCAUCUGUUCUAGAACUGACAACAUUGUUAACAAGAACAUUGUUGAGAAGUUCUCCGCUGAAUUGCAAAACCCAGAAGGUAAGUCAUUCUAUGGUUUCCAGAUUAUGAUGGAGAACAUUUACGAUGAAAUCUACUCUAUGUUGGUCGAUGCUUUGUUCACUAGUGUUGACAACAUCCCAUUGUUCAAGGCCGUUUGCCAACAAGAAGAGGUCAAGGCUAAGAGUGAAUGGGCUCACAGAUGGGUCUUUGACGAUGAAUCUCUUUACGCUGAAAGAUUGGUCGCCUCCGCUGCCAGAGAAGGUAUCUUCAUGUCCGGUGCCUUCGCUGCUUUGUACUGGUUGACAAAGGAGAAGGGUAUCAUGCCUGGUGUCGCUAUGGCCACAAAUCACAUCUGCAGAGACAGAGGCUUCUACGCCGACUUUGCAUGCUUGUUGUUUGCUCACUUGAAGACCAAGCCAAAUCCAAAGAUUAUCGAACAGAUCAUUACCGAGGCUGUCGAAAUCGAAAAAGCCCAUUACAGAAACUCCAUGCCAAUUGAAAAGCUGGGUAUGGACUUGAAAGAAAUAGAUCAAUACAUCGAGAGCGUUGCUGACAAGCUGCUAGUAUCCUUCGGUAACGAGAAAUUCUACAACGCCACAAACCCAUUCCCAUUCAUGGAAGAAGCUACAUCUAUUGGUAAGACUAACUUCUUUGAAAAGAAGGUCUCUGACUACCAAAAGGCUUCUGCUACCAGCGGUACUGCUAAGACAGCUGGUUCAGUUGCAAGCAGUGACAAGAUCAAGUUCGAUUCUGACUUCUGA